GUUGCUAGGCAACGUGUAAACUUUGCAACUUGCAGCCGUUUGAGAAGCCGCAGGACCCCGGACAGUAUAGUUCUCCCAGGAGAGAAGAGCGGACAGAGGCUACCACCAUGGAGAUAGUCUAUGUGUAUUUGAAGAAACGAAGCGAGUUUGGGAAACAAUGCAACUUCAGCGACCGCCAGGCAGAGUUGAGCAUCGACAUCCCACCCAAUCCAGAACUCAUGGAGCACUUUGUUGUACGGGAUCCUGUGGACAGAGGAAUUCAGUGUUCCUAUGAAAUGUCAGAGCAUGAGGUCAAUACAGAGAGAUUUGAGAUGGAGACCCGAGGAAUUAAUCAUCUAGAAGGGGGCUGGCCCAAAGAUGUGAACCCACUAGAGUUGGAGCAGACAAUCCGAUUCCGAAAGAAAGUGGAAAAGGAUGAAAAUUAUAUCAAUGCCAUCAUGCAGCUUGGUUAUGUGAUGGAGCAUUGCAUCAAACAGAACAAUGCCAUUAACAUUUAUGGGGAGUAUUUUGAUGAAGGAGAUGAAUACGAAGUGUCUGAUGAGCCUCUUUCAGCCAAAACUAUCAACGUCUUCAGGGACCCAAAUGAAAUCAAACGUACAGCAACUCACCUGUCCUGGCACCCUGAUGCAAACCGAAAAUUAGCUGUGGCAUAUUCCUGUCUGGAUUUUCAACGGGCAGAUGUAAACAUGAGCUUCGAGUCAUACAUCUGGGACCUGGAAAACCCAAACAAACCAGAACUUACCCUGAAGCCAUCUUCUCCUUUGGUGACCUUGGAGUAUAACCCCAAAGAUUCACAUAUCCUGAUUGGAGGCUGCUACAAUGGGCAGAUUGCCUGCUGGGAUACUAGGAAGAGCAGCCUGGUGGCAGACUUGUCCACCAUUGAGUUCAGUCACAGGGAUCCUGUGUUUGGUGCCCUCUGGCUGCAGUCAAAGACUGGCACAGAAUGUUUCUCAGCCUCCACUGAUGGACAGGUCAUGUGGUGGGAUAUACGUAAGAUUAACGAGCCCACAGAGGUCCUGGUCAUGGAUAUCAGCAGAAAGGGGAUAUUAGAAAAUGCCCUGGGAGCUAUUGCCCUUGAGUUUGAACCAACCAUGCCAACCAAGUUCAUGGUGGGAACAGAGCAAGGCAUCGUGAUUUCCUGCAACCGGAAAGCCAAGACUGCUGCCGAGAAGAUUGUGUGCACCUUCUCUGGGCACCAUGGCCCCAUCUAUGCCUUGCAGAGAAAUCCUUUUUACCCGAAGAAUUUCCUGACUGUGGGUGACUGGACAGCCCGUAUCUGGUCUGAUGAUAGCAGAGAGUCAUGUAUUAUGUGGACCAAAUAUCACAUGGCUUAUAUAACUGAUGGAGCCUGGAGUCCACAGAGACCAGCAGUUUUCUUCACAACUAAAAUGGAUGGAACUGUGGAUAUCUGGGACUUUUCAUUCAAACAAUGUGACCCAGCCCUCAGCCUGAAGGUGUGUGAUGAAGCCCUGUUCAGCCUCAAGGUUCAAGAUAAUGGCUGCUUCCUAGCCUGUGGAUCCCAGCUGGGGACCGUGACCCUGUUGGAAGUCUCUUCAGGACUGUCUACCCUCCAAAGGAAUGAGAAAAAUAUUGCAUCAUCGUUCUUUGAACGGGAAACUCAUCGAGAGAAGAUCCUGGAAGCCAAGCACAGAGAGAUGCGCCUAAAAGAAAAAGCCAAACUUGAGGGUAAGGAAGAAGAUGAAGAAGUUAAGCUCAACCAAGAAGAGCUGCUGGCCCUGGCCGAGGAGGAGUUCUUUGAUAUUAUCAAUCAGGAGAUCAGGAGGAAACAAGCUCCUCUUGAAAAGAAGAAAAAGCAAAGUUAUGAGGAAGAGGAAUUGGAGGAAUUUAUCUAUAAAGGAGAUGAAGAUGAUGAGGAUGAAGAAGAAGAGGAAGAAGAGGAAAAAGAGGAAAAAGAAGAAAAAGAGGAAAAAGAGGAAAAGCCAAAGGAAUAAAAAGUGCAACGGAAAACUGGUGAUCAUUUUCUUCGAAAGCCUCCAAUGAGAAAAUCAAUCCUGGGAUUUGUUCAGAGACAAGGAGCCCCACCGGAGGAGGAAUAACAACCCCACUCCUGUGGUGGGCGUGGAAUGUGGAAGAGAAUGCAGAGGUCCAUCCAAGAGUCUUGGCAUUUCACACAAGGAUCUGCAAGAGGGACGUGUCUCCCAUCAACAGCCAGCCUCACUUUAUUUAUUCGUGUACCCAUUUUUCAGUUUCUGGUCCCCCCCUUCUGAUCUUUUCUGGGUAACAGAGAGACUUAAUGCAUUAACUACUCUACUGCUAGAUUUUCAUUCUUUGAUCCUGGCUGCCAAUUAUACAAAUAUAUUUACUGUUGGAAGAA